UUAUAAUUCAAUAUAUUCAAAAUGAGCCGACAUUUUGUGGUGUUUGUAUAGAAUUGGAGCAGUUGAGAUAUCACUCCAUCGCCCUUUCUCCAGAGCAGCUGCGCGACAGGGAAAGGCAUGCUUUUGAAUACAGGGCUCUCGAUCCUGCCGAGUCUUAUGCAAAAGAAAUCACCCCCAAAAGCCCUGAACAGAGACUGAAAUAUUCCAUCCCCCAGGAUGGAAGGAUUCAACAUGGAUUCGACUUCCACUGGGCUGCACGGGUAGGUCUCUUCCCUGCAGACAUCGACGUGCACAGACUGGAGUCAUUUAUGGACAAUAUGGAGGGUUAUAAUGAGUUCGCCGUCCUGGACAUUGAUCCCUCGACGGAUGGUACCUGGAUAUGGCAUAAUUUGAAGAGUCGCUGUAUCAAUGCCACUAGACCUGCCGAUGAUCCUAUUGACAUAAGAUCUGAAGAGAUCCAUGAUGAGACAGCUCUCUCCGAGUGGUUAAACAGGAACCCAUUUGGUCAAACCAGCGGUUACGGGACAGCCCCCUGGCAACGGAUCAUAAUCUACCAGGGUCUCUUCCCCGAUUCAGCAGAGGGAUUCCCCUUUGAUCUGUAUGGCGAGUACGACGAUCCAGUCGGCCUAGCGACCAGAAUGCAUGUCUCUGGGGAGCGACGGGGAGACAGCGAAGCAAGCAAUCCAUACCGAAAUCCCAGCACAGCCUUCCAUAUCACAUUCUAUGAAAAGGCCCGGUCAGUGAUUAAUAGGAAGGACGUGAAGAUUGGUCACUUGUACAGCAAGGAGGGUGGGCAGAAUGACACGGCCUUCUAUAAGAGUUCCGUCACGAUUAUUACUGCCGGCGGAGAUCUGGAAAUGAAUGGACGUCGCAUGGAUGGGGGAAAAUGCUGGACCAUCCUUGUCCUCGCUCCUCCACGGUUCUUCGACUAUCAGGUAUCCUUCACGCCUCAGAACCCAAUCUUUGUGGAGAUGAGAGCUGGUGAAAGAUCUCUCUAUGCGGCCGAGCUCUUGUGCAUCGUCUUCACACUCAAGAAAGUCGAGGCGGAUUGGAGAGGGUUCUAUGACUAUAUCGAAAGCCUGCUGGUGGAGGAUUUCAUGGAUCCCAAGGAAUACACCAAGCUGCUCUUCGAUGACGAGACGUUCAGCCGGUCAAGACUUUAUUUCUGGAUCCUCGGCUGUCUCACCGAGUUUGAUAUCACCAUCGACGACAAUAUCACACAGUGGAAGCUCUGGAGACAGGCUCGGAUCGCACAUAUUUUCGAGCCCAGAGUUGAGGUAUUCGACGACUUGAACAGGCUGCAAGAGCUCUGUAUAGAGGCAGACGGAAUUUGCCAGAGUCUGGAGAAUCUCCAGACCCAGUUUCGCCACAAGGUAGAGACGGUCAAGGCCUUGCGGGACGGCCUCUUCAAUGCCAGUGCUUUAAUGGAGAGUCGCUCUUCCACUCGCCUGGGUCAGAAUGUGCAGCUGCUCACCUAUGUCAGCAUCUUCUACCUGCCAUUAGCCUUCUGUGCAUCCCUCUGGGCCAUUCCGAAUAUCACCCAGAGCCACACGCAGGCUCCAUUCAUCAUCACGGCUGUCCUGGUCGGCUGCGUCACGUAUGCGGUGGUCUUCAAUCUUGGCAACAUCGCUGAAUUACUGGGAAAGGUGUACUUUAGAUGGAGAUCGCAGCUGCUGCAGGAGAUGAAAGAUGACCCGGAUGAUGCCUGGCAAAAGACUGGAGAUCGGUUUGAGGAGUUCCCGCCGCAUGAAGCUCAGAAAACCCCGUCCGAGUGGAAGAUUGUCCAAUAUCAAAUCCACAGGAUGCUUCGGGGGAAGGCUAGACAGUGACAGUCCUGGUGUUGUAUAGUGAGAAGUAUUAGCAGAUAUAAGUUUCUUGAUAAUGAUUACAAGUUAUACAAGGUAUAGUCUAGUUACUCACUAGAUUUAAGACGAGAAAGAUAUACAGCUCUAAUAGUAUAUAGU